AUGGCUACUACUGUAUUUCAGCUCUCCAAAGCGGCAUUCAUCUUUGCUCUUUCCUUGAAAGUUGCAAGUGCUGUUGAUUUGGACCAUGAUCCCAUCAUUGGCGUUGAUGGAGGGGACCACUUGAACCCUCCACCAUGUCAUACAACUAUUACCAUUCCAUAUAUCGGAAGUACCACGACAUCCACAACUGUUGUUCCUUGCGGCACCGGCCUCGCCACUCUAGUCAUACAGACUCCUUUAAUCACCGAGACGUGCAGCCCGACGCACACCACGACCCGUAAGCCGCCUCCCACUUCAACAUCUCAGCACACGACAACACAAACCACAACCAUUAGAACCACGACAAAGAAACCAGUUACCACAACCACAACCACAACCAAGAUUCCUGAACCAACUCCCGGUGGGCCCUGUCCAAUCAUUAAACCCCGCUGCCGCCCGGAGGGUUUCGACAUCGACUACUACGCCAACCCCUUCGCUGGGUACAGUCGAGAGAACUCCCUCCCGUGGUCCUACUACAUCACGCAGAACCUGAAGCCUCUCAAGUCUUCGAUUACAAACGUCACUUUCUUCCCUCAGGACUUUGGCCCUCCUGCCAACCUCCCCAAGGUCUAUCCACGCCCCGACCUCCCCGGUGUUUGGUACGCAGUCGGCUGGACGAAGCAGACCAAUGGCGGCAUCGUGGUCGACGCCAACAACUUCACCCUCGUGUACAGCGGCUUCUACCGGGCCCCCGAAACCGGCAAGUACACUCUCUGCACCACUGCUGACAACGAGAACGACGUCUUCUUCGGACACGGCAACGCCUUCAGCUGCCUGGACGGCAGAGUCGACACGAAUGUGAAGCCGCUUGUGGUGUCUACUGGAGGCAACUACAUCAAUGGCAUCAAGUGUGCAGAUCUGGAUUUGGUCAAAGAUGCGUACUAUCCCCUGCGUAGCGUCAUGGGAGAUUGGCAGGGCCCGUCGGCGUUUAACCUGACUAUCAAGACGCCGAGCGAGACGUUUGAGAAUCGCAAGAACGAUUACACUGGUAACGCGUAUCCCCUCUCUUGUCGAUUUGGAUCGGUAUAA